CGUUACUCGGGCAGUCCGUACAAAGUGGUGGCGAUGUUAACGGAUUCUAUCGAAAGCAUAGAUGUGCUCUCAGCUCCUCAGGUUGUAAAGUGUCCCCUCGGAACCUAGGUAGACACACACCGCAACGUCACACAGCGCUCGAUUUGCUGAGCAGUCGCUACUCAUAAUGGCCGCUCGCAAGCCCAUCAUUGGUGUUAUGGGCCCUGGGAGGACGGAGGUGCACACGGAACCCGUCGAUAAGCACGUUGAGCUGGCGCUGGAGCUUGGCAAGCAAAUCGCGGCACAUGGAUGGCUUCUGUUGACCGGAGGCAGGAACAUUGGCGUCAUGGAUGCGGCUUGUCGUGGCGCAAAGAGCGCUGGAGGCACCACAAUUGGCAUCCUGCCCGGCCCCGACGCGAUGGACAUCAGCGACGCUGUGGACAUUCCCAUUCUCACGGGUCUUGGCUCCGCGCGCGACAACAUCAACGCGCUCUCUGCCUCCGUGCUGGUGGCCGUGGGCAUGGGCCCCGGUACCGCAGCUGAGGUGGCUCUGGCGCUCAAGGCGCGCAAACCUGUCGUACUGCUGGCGACCAACCCCGAGGCUGAGAAGUUCUUCUCGGGUCUGGCUCCCGGUCUGCUGCACGUGGCGGGUGACGUGGAGGGCGCGGUGACGCACGUGAAGGGGCUGCUGGCGGCGCAGCAGGGGGGGGCGGCGGGGGGCGCGGAGCAGCAGCAGCAGUAGUAAUAGCGGCAGUUGCAGGAGGAGCAGGAGGAAGGUAAAGCGUAAGUACUGCUUAGUAGGUUGUAGGAGUGGCUUGAUGAAGGCAAGGCGUUAGUAGGCAAUCUCAUGAGGAUAGGGAGUUGAAGGAAGGCGUGUUGUGCUGUUGGGUCCGAACGCUGAAGUGUUGUCGUAUAACUGUACGCGUGGAGGGAAGGGCGUUGGGUGCUUUGAGGACUUGAGGUGUUGCAGCCAAACAGACCUGUAGAGUUAUUGUCGCGUGACCGUCGGAAGUUAAAUAGCUCGCACGUUGAAGUUCGGAAGGAUAUUGUUUCAUCGAACAUUGCAGCUGCAUGGGUUGUGGCAUGUCGCAAGAGGCUGUUGCUUUGGAUUCCAGUUGGGUUAUGGGUUCGGGGUAGGAGUCAAAUGUUAUCUGUGCGUGUUUGUUUCAGCAAGCAUCCGGCAGGUGGCUUCAAUGCACGACGGCUAGUGCUGAUGAUUACUUCUUAGCAUGGGACGCUGACGCCGGCAUGUCGGUCAGUAAACGCACCUGCCAUUAGCCCAUGAAUGGAAGAAGGGAUACCGGAACAUGAGGGCAUAGCUUAUGCCGUUCGCAUGGAAGCCAGUCGAUAUUGUCAUAACAGAAGGUAG